CCACUACAACAUCACCUGUGUCUCGUGACCCACAUACGUUCAAAGUGAGGAAGCGACGCAAAUAACUUGCACUUUGCAUUUCUUGCUGGAAAGAAAGGAAGUUAGAACAAUUGAAGAUUUCAAAUAUGAAGUACAUCAUCUUUCUAGUUUUUGUAGCAUACGCAAGUGCAAAAAGUGCACCAAAACUUCUUGGAGAUGAGGAAUGCACCCAGGGACCUUCAUAUUGGUGCAAAGAUUACAAAACUGCCACGCAAUGUGGAUCUGUAAAAUAUUGCACUGAACAUGUUUGGUUGAAGCAAAUCAAGGGAACAGGAUGUGAUGAAUGCAAAGCUGUUGUCACCCAGAUUCAUGCUUAUUUAGCAGACAACAUCACUGAAGCCGAAGUUAUUCAAUCACUGGAUGCACUUUGUUCCUUCCUUGGUGCUUAUGCAGCUGAGUGCAAAGCAUUGGUUAACACAUAUGGCAAAGAAAUUAUGGAAAUGGUAUCCCAGUACACUGCCAACCCAGAGCUUAUCUGCAAAAUGCUUGGUAUGUGCACCACAAUGAGAACAGUUGAAGUUGAGAAGGGUCACAGAUCUGGACCAAUUAUGUUUACUGGAACCCACCAUGUUGAAGAGCCAAAAUCAAGUGCUUUGUGCAUUGUUUGUGAAUUUGCAAUGACAGAAUUGGACAAAGUUAUCGGAUCUGAAUCUACCGAGGAAAAGAUAAUCAGCGAAGUUGAGAAGCUCUGCAGUUAUUUGCCAUCCACCAUCAAAACUGAGUGUGAUGCUUUGAUCUCAGAGUAUGGAAAGGAAAUCAUCAAAAUGCUUGUCAACAAGAUGAAGCCAAAGGAAAUUUGCACAGCUAUUAAACUUUGCUCAGCAGCUGUUGUCAAGUCUAAGCCACAUGUACCAGUCAAAAGUGUUGGAAAUGUUGUCACCUGUGAAGCAUGUCAGCUGGUUGUCCAGUAUGUUGACUCUUUGCUGAAGAACAAGAAAACAGAGGCUGAAAUCAAGCAGGCACUGGACUCAAUGUGCUCUUACCUUGGAUCAUAUCAGGCAGAGUGUGACAGCAUCGUAUCAAACUACUUGGUGGAAAUCAUCAAGUACCUCGCAGAAAUGCCCGCAGGCUCAGUUUGUAAGGCCCUUAGUCUAUGUACAUCAAAAGGCUCAGCUACUAAGAUGACCCAUGUUAAGCUUGAACAAAAAGCUGUUGCAUCUGGAACAACAUGCAGUACGUGCAAGUUUGCCACCACUUACGUCGACAUCCUUUUGAAGAACAAUAAAACCGAACAUGAAAUAGAAUUCGAAAUGACGAAGAUGUGUUACUACUUGGGAUCUUACAAGGAUGAGUGCAACGAGAUCAUCAAAACCUAUCUCCCAACUAUCAUUGAAUACAUUGCUGACAUGACGCCCGAAGAGGUUUGCAAGAAACUUGGUCUAUGCACAGCAAAAUCGCUUCUUGUUUCACUUGAGAGGAAAGUUGAAUCCAAGAAAGUUGGAACCUAUUGCGAUACGUGUAAGGUUGUUGUUGGUUAUGUUGACAGCUUGAUGAAGGAUAAAAAAACAGAAGCUGAAAUCGUUUCCCUUGUUGAGCAACUAUGCUCCUACCUUGGCACAUACAAAGAGGAGUGUGACAGCCUCGUUGCCGCCUACCUCCCAGAAAUCAUGCAGCUCCUUUCUCAAGAACUUUCUCCAGAUUUCGUUUGCAAGUCACUUGGAAUGUGUGGAAAUGCAACCAAGAUUCAAAAAAAGGAAAAGGUAAACGGAGGCCAGUAUUGUCAGAUAUGCGAGGUCGUUGUUUCAUACGUGGAGAAUCUACUGAACAACAACACUGAGGCCGAAAUCGUGCAGCUUGUGGAUCAACUCUGCAGCUACCUUGGAUCAUACAAAGAUGAGUGCAAUGCUUUGGUCAAGGCAUAUGUCCCUCAGAUCAUUGAGCUUCUGAAAAAAGAGCUUACCCCAGCUUUGGUCUGCAAGGAACUUGGUCUAUGCACUGCUGUACGCGAUAUGGCUAUGAAGAUCAAACUAAGCGAUGUCAAGAAGUUGAAGGAUGGUGCUGGAUGUCAAAUUUGCAAAGUUAUUGUUGGUUAUGUUGAUACCGAAUUAAAGAACAAAAAGACCCAGCAAGAGAUAACGGCCGAGCUGGAGCAACUUUGUGCAUACCUUGGCACUUACAAAGCCGAAUGUCAAAGUUUGAUGACCGCCUAUCUUCCAAUGAUUUUCCAAUAUUUGGAACAGGCACUCACUCCAGACGUCGUUUGCAAGGAACUUGGCCUUUGCACAGCAGCCAAGAAGUUGUUGGUUAAAGCUGCUUUUCAAAAAAAAUCAUCUAAAGUUAAAGGAGGAUCCUACUGCCAGACAUGUGAAAUUGUUGUUUCCUAUGUGGAAAGUUUAGUCAACUCCAAAACCGAAGCUGAAAUUGUCGCCGAGGUUGACCAGCUCUGCAGUUUCCUAGGAACUUACAAAGACGAAUGCAAAUCUUUGGCUGAUACCUAUCUGCCUCAGAUUAUCGAGCUGUUGAAGAAAGAACUCACUCCAGCCCUUGUUUGCAAGGAACUCGGAUUAUGCACAUCUUUCAAUAAAUUUGCCAAAAAGAUCAAAGUUGCAGGCGUCAAGGAAGGCGCAACAUGCACCCUUUGCAAAAUCCUUGUAGGAUACAUUGAUAAAGAACUCAAAGACUCAAAAACUGAGGCCGAAAUCACCGCACUUGUUGAGCAACUUUGCAGUUAUUUGGGAUCUUACAAAGCAGAGUGCGACAGUUUAGUCUCAUCGUAUCUGCCACUGAUCUUCCAAUACCUCGCUCAGGCAAUGAGUCCUGAUCUUGUCUGCAAGGAACUUUCAUUGUGUACCUCAGCUGCACCAAAUGCCAAAAUGGUCCUUUUGAAGAAAGCAGCAAUCAUGGUGUGAAAGGGCCUGGAUGAUCACAAGGACAUAAUGCUUUAAAAAAAAUGAUCUUAAUAUUAUUUAAAAGAUUUUUCAGUGUAAAGUUUUUACCCCGAAAGUGGUAAAUAAUUGCAUUCUGUAUGGAAAAAUUGAAUUGGACAGAAUAACACUAAGUUAAUUUAAAUAUAUUUCUGAUUUUGAGAAGAUCAAAAUAAGAGAAAUUUUCGUUGUUGAACAUUAACAUUUUCAGGAAUUUUUGUACUCAAAGACACCCGUCCUUUGGUUCUGGGUCCUUGUUUAGGGUUUCGUGACAAGCAAAGACUGUCUGGAACUUUUCAAAGACCAAUGUGAGACAUCACCCUUCCUUUGUUAAACUAGAAGAUAUGUUAUGGUAGACAACAUUUUUCCGCUCUAACCAUAUGUAAUUCAUCUCUACUUGUACAACGGCUCAUAAAUGUCAUGUUUUCUAUAGAUUUUUGCCCACCUUAUCUCGACCCUUUAUCAGACCAUUGCAAAACCAAGACGAAUUUUGAUGUGUGUGCUAUUUAAAGCUUCUAUAGAAUGUUGGUAACCAUAAGAGAUGUUUAAUUAAAAUGCACAAAAUUGUGUUCAACUAGCAA